AUGACGAUCCCUUGGCCACAGGAGGUGACAUGGCCAAUACCGAUAUGGGAGCACGCUACUCGGCUUACGGGACAUCUUCGGAACGUAUUGCUUCACCUCGAUCGCGUAAAAGGCCAACCAAUAACCUCAGGGGAGCACUCGGAGACCGCGGCACAAGCGGAGACCCUGCGCAGGCAUAAAGAGGACUGGAAGGGAUUCGUAGCGACAGAGGCAGAUGUGAUGCUGCCAGUCUACCCAGUGAUCAUACAUGGGAUACCAAUCAAAUCCAUUGACCCAGGAAACAAGACAGCGUUUAUUGAACAGCUCAGGAUUGAAAAUAGACAAGUAAUGUCACAUAACAUGCAUGGAGCCACGGACUACGAGUGGUACGCAGACACGACCCGACAUUGUCCAAAAUAUAAAGACGAGAUAAGGAGGGUAGAGGUAGCAAAGGCCGAACUAAACGCCCGCCCCUUCUACCCCGAACCAUGCUACGAGGUCAGUCCAGGACCUUCUGUGGUCGGCAGCCGCCCUGCAGGAUCACAAAACGAUAAGAUAGAAACAGAUCACAUCCCAACACAAGCAAACCAGAAAGGAACAAGCUGGACUGGAGUCCCGACGGCAAGCCAAAAUGCCCCAAGAUCGCAGGCGACAGAUGACCCAGAAGAGUACAUCCUGGUAAAAGCGAGGAAACCAAAGACCGCGAAUCAACAACUCCGAGAGAUCAGUACCAACCCAAGGAAGAGACGACAUGACGACCGGAGCCGAUCCAGGUCAGAAACCAGAGGGAAAACACGGUCAAAAGCGAGGAGCAGCAGUGCCCGCCGCGAGGAGCCGGAAAUCUCGUUGCAUAUCAACAAUAAGAGUGAGCAGGAAGAAGAUACCAUCGAGGAAAGUCAAAGAAAACAUGAGCGCGACGCAAUAAGUGAAAACACACCAAGGAUACAGACCAUAACGGUAGCACAGUACAACGUAGGCGGAAGCCGCAACACCAUGGCGGAGGUCCUAAGGGACCCCGUGCUAGGUGAAGCAGAUAUCAUCGCCUUUCAGGAGCCGUAUAUUAAUAAAUUCGGCACUGAAAUCCAGACCCACAACUCAGCAAAGACCAGGUAUAAAGUAUUUAUACCAAAUCACACCAAGGCAAGAGUGGCAACAUUCAUUAGUAAGAACAUUGAUGCAAAGCGCAUCGAGCUCACUGAUUAUGGGCCAAGCUUAACGACCAUAACCCUCAAAAUGAAAGACGAACGCAGCAAGAUUACAGUAUACAAUAUAUACAACCCCAACCCGGAAGCACCGUUUGAAGAAGAGACCGGAGACUUUAACCUACGGGAUGAACUCUGGGAGGGACCAGGAAUCAAGGAAAUAGCAUGCCCACGCGCUGCUGACUACCUUCUACAAAUACUGGAGCAGCAUGGGUUAAACCUAUGCUUUGAGCCACACGAGGAUAGCCAGAGGAAACGCGCAGCCCCCGGGGCAGAACUGGACAAAGGAUCCGACCACCUGCCCCUCGUGACCACAUUUGGAGCCGGAAUCACCCAAGCUGAAGAGGCGGAGCGAUACCUUAUCAAAAAGAUCGACAUGGGAGUCUUCACCGAGGUGCUUCGAACUUGGCUGCCCGAAAUUGAACCAGCAGGACUCACACCAGCCGAAAUAGAUAGAAAAACAGAAAAGAUCCAAGAGGCACUAAGAAAAGCUAUCCACGCCAGUGCACCGAAGGCGAGGAUUGGACCACGUUCAAGACCCGGAUGGACACCCGAAUGCACAUAA